AUGGGAGGAUUCCCGACACAGAUGUUGCGCCAGAUUUGGUCUCUAAUUUCUAAUGGAAUCCGUGCCAGGAACCAUCAAAGUCAUUUCGGGCGUGGUGCCGGGGCGAAUCGUGGCGUGGUGCUGGAGCUGGUUGGUGAUAUCCAAUCUGGUGGCACUUCGGUCACAAGCGGCGAGUUGUUCCGCUGCCAGACGUACAUCCACGCCGAUCGCGACUGUAGUAUGGCGAAGAAGAGCCACAUAUAUUGCGCGUAUACCAAGAAGGCGAGCCGCAUGUCAAAGUACCAAACGGGCGAGACGCUCCUCGUCGUCCUGGACAUAUUACCAGGUCGGUCUGAGCCAUCCGGGCGGAGUUGGCAAUUACUUCUACAUCAUCGACGAGGAUACAGUCGACCACCGGGAGAGUGGUCGAGAUGUCCCGGAGCAGGAGCGGCGAUGACGGAGGAGUCGAGACACAGAGGCACUACAGCAAAAUUAGCAUCCCGCCCAGGGAAACACGGCGAUAGUAACGGCAAACCGCCAACGCAGCACUCACAGAUGGCCGAGUCAUAUGGUAGAAGGCAGGGGACAGAGCCUAGAGUGCGGCGAGACAGGGAACCCGACGAGAAACGCCGAGAAACUGCGCGACGUGGCCAGAGAGCUCCUGGCGGCGCCACGAGUGAUGCAAAGGGACUCGAGGGGCGACGUAUAGACCGGCUUGCCGGUCUGUUGUGUGGCCGGGCGCCGAAGCCGCGCCCUCGCCCCGCGACAACGCCCGUUGGAGUGCUCGAUUGCCUCUUGUUUGCGCCCUCGCGCCCUGUGACAAAGCCGGGUCUUAGGCCUACUUGGGCCACCUUCCUAGCCCUUCUUAUGGCUUCGGCUUCCGCUGCCUUUUCCCUCCUUCCUUCAUUCUUCCCUCCUUCACCAUCAAUGCCUCCGCCGCCGCCGCCGCGGCUGCCACGCAUAUCGCUAAGCCCAUCAUACAGUCUCCUGGUCGUUCCAACCGGUAUCCCGAUCUCUCUGCAUGUCGGGGUUCUCCCGCUGCUUUCCGCCUCUUACCCAGGCCAUCUCAUCUCUAUACCUUGCCUUUUCCGGUCCUCGCCUCCUGCAACAAUUAUCUAUUCGUCUGGACUCCCAGUUGUCUCCGUGUCGUCUUUGCCGUCGCCAGGGCCGAACUCAUCGGAGUCGGAGUCAGAGGCACCAUCAUCAGGUUCAGAGAUAAUGAAAGAUAUCUCUGGAGUCAUCAAGCAAGAGCUCCUCGACGUUGAACACUUGAUUGUCUGCAGUACCGUGCGCGGCUCACUUAUUAUGCAAAUCGCCUCGGCGCGGUUCGGACCUGAGAUGGCUACGCAUGCAGCUUCAACUUUUCUAUCCUCUGGCGGGCUUGGUCAGAGUGUCGUCAACGGCGUUGUGUCGACUACUUCGCCCUCUUCUUCGCCCUCUUCUUCGCCAAAUGUUUCUGACUCGACUCUGUCCAACAGCGCGCCUGCAUCACAUCCAGCUUCAAGCGGCUCCCGUCUUUCGGCACCACCCGUGACAGCACCGACGGCUGUGUCGUCACCGUAUAUACACCUUGCAGUCGAACCGUCGCCAACCUUAGCAGCAUAUCGGCAGUAUACGUCAGCACUGGAAGCUGAAAAGCCUCAAGACAGUACACCCAAUGGAACAGCUUUAGCACCAAUCCCCGGAAAUGCACCCGCCAAUAGGGCCCCAACUACACGCCAUCCCUUAAGUAUAACUCCAGCGACCCGGCCAUCUUCUCAAGUGACAAUGACCUGGCUCGGGACAAUUAUAUACGGGGUCAGCACAAGAAACAACUCAACCUUUGGGGAAUCUAUCCAAGUCCCCGAGCAGCGGCGGCAAUGGACACGACAGCUCGACAGUGGUAUUUUCCUGUGCAGUGACGGCAAUGAGAGCGAUUAUAUGAUGGACCAGCUGGAAAUUCCCGAAAACCGAGAUUGCCGCAGCUCGAUCGUCCUGCUGUGCGCCGGAUCUCAAAGCCGAGCAAAUCCGUAUCUACCAUGUCCACUACGAGUGAACCGCAGCACUUACGAGAGAUGCGGGCACUUGCCUCCAACGACUGAGAAAAUUCAGUAUUUAUAG